AUGGGAAUUUUUAACAUCAGUUUUGGAGGGGGCUUCAUUUUGGUGGGCUUCUCAGACUGGCCUCAAUUGGAAUUCAUUCUUUUUAUCUACAUUGUGAUUUUCUACUCCCUGACUCUCUUUGGCAACACCACCAUCAUCAUCCUCGCCCGGCUGGACCUUCGGCUGCGCACGCCCAUGUACUUCUUCCUCUCCCACCUCUCCUUCCUGGAUCUCUGCUACACCACCAGCACCGUGCCCCAGCUUCUCAUCAGCCUGCGGGGACAUGACCAGACCAUCAGCUAUGCCGGCUGUGUGGCCCAGCUAUUCAUCGUCCUGGCCCUUGGCUCCAUUGAGAGCAUGCUCCUGGUGGUGAUGGCUUUUGACCGCUACGCUGCUGUGUGCCGUCCACUCCACUACACGACCAUCAUGCACCCCAUCCUCUGCUUGUCAUUGGCCAUUGCUUCUUGGUUGGGAGGCCUGGUGAACUCUCUGAUUCAGACAGGGCUGAUGAUGGCCAUGCCUCUCUGUGGCCAUCACCUGAAUCACUUCUUCUGUGAGAUGCCCGUCUUCCUAAAGCUGGCUUGUGAGGACACAGGAGGAACAGAGGCCAAGAUGUUUGUGGCCCGGGCUGUGAUCUUGGUCUGUCCUGCAGCUCUCAUUCUAGGCUCCUAUGCACACAUUGGCAGGGCCGUGCUGAAGAUCAAGUCAAUGGCUGGGCGUAGAAAGGCUUUUGGAACUUGUGGGUCUCACCUUGUGGUGGUUUCUUUGUUUUAUGGCUCAGCCAUUUACACUUACCUCCAACCGAAGGACAGUUAUUCUGAGAAUGAAGGCAAGUUUGUUGCCCUUUUUUAUACUAUCAUCACCCCCAUGCUCAAUCCUCUGAUUUAUACCCUGAGGAACAAGGAUGUGAAGGGGGCUCUGUGGAAGGUUUUAAGGAGAGGUAGAUGCUCAGGAUAG